ACUCACCCAGAGUUGUCCCUGCAGCCCACGGAGACCGAGCGCUGCAUCGAGUCCCUGCUCGCCGUCUUCCAGCGCUACGCCGGGCGGGAGGGGGACAACUGCACCCUCUCCAAGAGGGAGUUCCUGGCCUUCAUGAACACCGAGCUGGCUGCCUUCACCAAGAACCAGAAGGACCCGGGUGUCGUGGACAGGAUGAUGAAGAAGCUCGAUCUGAACAGCGAUGGGCAGCUGGACUUCCAGGAGUUCCUGAACCUCAUCGGGGGCAUUGCCCUGGCCUGCCACAACACCCUGGUGGUCAAAGCCCCUUCCCCCUAG